AUGGGCAUCCGCUUGCCUUCGAUGGUUCUUCCUGCCAAGCAGAUUCUCAAAGUACACCGUCUUCUUGCUAGAGAUGAAUUUCCAGCAGGGGCAAUCAGAGAUGUCCCAAAAGGCCACUUGGCGGUUUAUGUUGGAGAGACGCAGAAGAAGAGAUUUGUAAUUCCAGUAUCCUACUUGAAGCAUCCUUUGUUCCAGGAUUUGCUAAGUCAGGCUGAAGAAGAAUUUGGGUUCGAUCACCCAAUGGGUGGUCUCACAAUUCCAUGCAAAGAAGCUGCCUUCAUCAACCUUACAUCUCGCAUGACUGCCUCAUAAU